AUGGUAGAGACUCGCAUGGCCGUUCUUGACGCAAACUGGGAGAAGUUUGAGGCAAACCACAACGUACUGCAAGCCACUCAUUGGAAGGCCUUGUCUGACAAGAAGUAUUUUAAAGACAAUCUCUAUGCCGUGGCUGAAGAGACGUGCUUCAUCCAGAAGGCAAUGUUCCUUGACCUGCUAGACAAGUUCCAACGCACGCCGACCGAGAAGUCAGAGGAGAGAGCUGUCAAAUCAACGGAGGGGGCAAUGCGCAAAACCUUGCCUCGCAUUCAAUUGCCACAGAUUUCGGGAGGAUACGAAGACUGGCCAGCCUUCCGUGAUCUCUUCCAAUCAAUGGUGACUAGCGAUCCUUCCUUACACGAGGUGGAGAGACUUCACUACUUCACUACCUUAAAAGCUACAUGA